AUGGCAGCAUAUCUGCUCGGCUUCGUCUUGUAUGCUCUUCUCUCUCUCCCUGUCUCUCUCCAGUUCGACCACACCCUCGUUGUGCACUACCCAUUGGCGACCAUGAUCAAGAGUCUAAUGCGAUUGCUCUUCAGCACCGGGUUCUCGUUUGAGAAUCACCGAGACGACGAUUUCUUCAACGAGCCCUCGACUAUGCGGCCUCGAUUGACUGCUGCAGCCGCCAAGGAGGAUGGUUCCACGGAGCACCUUGCAUCGCUGUCCUCGCCCUCGACGUACCAGGUGGUCGCCAGAGGUCUGCCCGGCGCAAAAAUCCACUAUGCAGCACCGAGUGCCUGA